GUUGUAAAAUUAUAUCAAUAAUUUUUGUUCUCAUUUAUUUCAUUUCCAAAUGCCAAAAAAAUGAGGGAACAUGAUUUGGAACAUUGUAUUUUAUGUAAAAAUUUAAGAAUUAUUGGUGGUACUGACGCGGAUCUAAGAGAAUUUCCUUUCUUUGUCUCAAUAAGAUAUAUCAAGGAAAAUAAAAUUAUUUGUGGCGGUGCUAUCAUUAGUGACCGACAUAUUUUGACAGCAGCUCAUUGUUUACAUUCAUUUCAAGAUUCAUAUAAUAAGCUAAGAAUAAAUACAGUAGAAACUUCAGCACAAAACCGAACUGGAAUAAGUUAUCAAAUUGAAAAUAUUUUUUUCCAUCAAAAGUUUACUUCAAUGAUGAAAACAAUGUCCAUGAACGAGAAUGACAUUUCAGUUAUAAAGAUCUAA